CCCCGCCCACUGAAGUCAUGUGGUUGUGUGUUUCUGUUCAGGCCUGUCCUGCUGUUUAGACUUGUGAUUUUGACACUGACAGCGCUUAUGUUGGACUACAGUCACACUCCUAGUCAAAAAGUGAAUGCGACGAGCUAAUUUCAAGCCACCGACUGACUGUAAGUGGCCGGUGACUUGUGCCUACUGGAAGGGGACUUGGGGGGAAGCUGAUACCGUAUUCAGUUUCCCCCCCCCUGCUCCGAGGAAAUGGAGAUUACUUCGGAGGAAAAAGCCGAGGAACGCAGGAGGGAACACUGGAAGCUGUUGUCUAGUCUGAAGACCACGGUGGAGGGCCUGGUGUCCAGCAGCAACCCCAACGUGUGGUCUCGCUAUGGGGGUCUGCAGCGGCUGCACAAGGACAUGAACCACAUCCUCAGCCACGGCCUCAAGCACGAGCAGGUGUACUACAAGCAGAAAGACUACUGGCCCUUUGUGUGGCGUGUCCGCUCCGUCAGCCCUCACCUGGCCUCUCAUGUAGAACAGUUUAGUAAGCUGGAGCCUGUGCUGAGCAGUGGGUUGAAGAGUGUUGGGGAGGGUUACAAGGCAGAGCGCUGGCUGCUGCACAGCCUACAGGUCCACCUGCUGUCAGCCCAGCUCCGACCCCUGCUCAAACACCAGGGACACACGAGCAAGUACUACAAUGUGGAGGCCUUUCUGCUGAGUGAGCCCCAUGUGACGGCCAUGUUCCAGUGUCUGGAGGCCGUGGAGCAAAACAACCCCCGUCUGCUGGCCCUUGUCAACACAGUUAAGCUGUCUACUCUAAUGUGCUCUCCGUACAUGGAGGGCCUGUUGAAGAGUCAGAGUCUGGGUGUUCUGCCGGGGGGCGGCUGGAGGUCCGGGGAAGGUCAGGGUCCCCCCAGAGGGGAGCUCAACCACAGGCUCACCACCUCCCAGUGCUCCCUCCUCCACCGAGACGGAGGACUCACGCCCAACCGUAAUAACACAGGGGCCAUCUCAGAGAGCAACUCAGACUCCACUCCAGCCGCUAGGGCCUCGGGAGCCCCCUGGGGGUGUGUGGGGGGGCCCGAGGGAGAUGGGGAAAGGGGCAUGAGCCCCCCUCCCGGUCCCUCAGUGGUGGUCCCCUCCAUCGCCUUGACAGAGCCCGCCUCCCCAUGCCCUGCCCACUCCGACGCCGUAGACUCUGGCGAGGGCGACUACGACGACGGCCCCGAGUAUCUGGCUAUCGGUAACCUGGGGCAUCGUAGCAAUCGCCGCGACUCCCAAAGCUCCACCCCCGGUGGCGAUCCUUGCGGCGGCGAAUCGGAUGGUGAGAUUCAGGUCCAGUCCCCUGGAAGGAGCUCCUUGGCUUCGGUCCCACCUCCCACACCUCGAAGGUCAUCCUUUUCAGAGGGUCAGAGAGAGCCGGGUCGGGGGGGCAGCAGAGGGCAUGUCCGCUCAAUGUCCGACACAGGGAUCAACAGCAAACAUAGACAUGGUGAGCAUGUGUGUGCAGCAGAAUCAUUGGUUGCGGAGGACUGUCGUUUGGAGGACUACAGCCCUUUCUCCCUUGGCAGCAGUGAUGGCAGUACACCCAGUUCCCUCUAUAUGGAGUCUAACGGCUCCCAGUACAGCAGUGUUCCAGACUGCAUGUUCCGGAAGCCGUUGGAGGGACAGAGCCUCAUCAGCUACCUGUCAGAGCAGGACUUCGGCAGCUGUGCUGACCUGGAGAAGGAGAACGCCCACUUCAGCAUCUCGGAGUCUCUGAUCGCCGCCAUCGAGCUGAUGAAGUGCAACCUGCGGCGGCGGGUGGUGGUGGAGGACGAGGAGGAGGGUGACGACAGUGACUCAGAGAUCCGGCAGCUCAAACAGAAGAUCCGGCUGCGUAGACGCCAGAUCCAGCGGACCCGCCUGCCUCCCUCACAGCGCUUGUUCCAUUCAACAGACAGUGGAUGCUCCCGCAGGAGCUCCCAGGAUUCCUUUCACCUGUCCAACUCCGGCUCGGCCGAGGAGGUGGAGGAGUGCGAGCUGAAAGAUGGCUGUGAGGGCCAGUCCCUGAUGGCGGUGUCUAAGAGUGUCUCCCUGUCGCACGCCUCCCUCUUCUCAGAUGCAGACAUAAAGCGCGGUGUGACAUCCAGUGGCCGCUCUUUCCUCAGAUCAGAGUCUAUUUCUCCGUCGUUCCUCCAGUCUAACUCUGCUGAGUCGGUGGCCAUGGGCCUGCUCAGGCAGUUUGAGGGCAUGCAGCUCCCUGCAGCCUCGGAGCUCGACUGGCUGGUCCCAGAACAAGACGCACCACAGAAGCUCCUGCCCAUCCCUGACUCCCUGCCCAUCUCUCCUGAUGACGGGGAGCAUGCUGAUAUCUACAAGCUGAGGAUCCGAGUGAGAGGGAACCUGGAGUGGGCCCCGCCGCGACCCCAGAUCAUCUUCAACAUUCACCCCGCGCCCAAGAGGAAGAUCGUCGUGGCCAAGCAGAACUACCGCUGUGCAGGCUGCGGGACUCGCAUAGACCCAGACUACAUCAAGCGAAUGCGCUAUUGUGAGUACCUGGGCCGCUACUUCUGCCAGUGUUGCCAUGAGAACGCCCAGGCGGUGGUGCCGGGCCGUGUGCUGAGGAAGUGGGACUUCAGCAAGUACUAUGUCAGCAACUUUGCCCGGGACCUGCUGGGCAAGAUAUCAGGAGACCCCCUGUUCAACCCCAACGACAUCAACAAUGGCCUCUACAAGAAAACCAAAGCCCUGGAGACUGUCCGGGUUUUGAGGGUCCAACUAUUCCACAUGAAAAACCUCUUCAAGACCUGCCGCCUAGCUAGAGACGUGCUGGACCAGUUCGACAGCCUCCCUGGUCACCUGACUGAGGACCUGCACCUGUUCUCCCUCAGCGACCUCAACGCUGUGCGCAACGGAGAGCUGGCCCCCCGGCUACGAGAGCUUCUGAAAUUGGGUUCCGCGCACGUGGCUGGCUGUGUGCUGUGUCAGGCCAAGGGCUUUGUGUGUGAGUUCUGCGGCAACGACAAAGACAUCAUCUUCCCCUUCCAGUUGAACAAGUGCACGUGCUGCGAAGGUGAGCCCCCCCUGCUGGUGGGAGGACUGGGAGUCCCACGGGCCCCCUCUCCCUUCCUCUCCCCCUCCUGGAGAAAUUGGAAGUUCCGCAGGCUGGCCAGGGCCCUGUCCCAAGACAAGCGAGCGGGAGAGGGAGGAGAGGAAGAGGGGGAGGAAGAGAGUGAGGCAAGGGAAGAUGAGGAGAAAUGGACUGGAGAGAGAGAAAAGGAGAGGAGGAGAACAGAAGGGGAGACGAGGAGGUUAUUCACAGCGUUCCAACAUGGAACUCUGGCCAAGGCCUUUUGGAGUAAAGGAAAGGAGGAAGAUGAGGAGAAUCUAGAAGGAGGGCAAGAAGGAGAGUGGGAAGGAGAAACCCAGACAGGGAAAGGAAUGGAGGAGGAAGCAAAGUUUGAAACUGAGGAGGUUGAGAACAAAGAAAGGGAGGAAGACAGUGAGGGAAGUGCAGAAGGACACGUGAAGAAAAAGCAGGGCAAUUUAUUUAAGGCCCUCGGUGUCAGCAAACUAACCAACACUUUCUCCAAGGACAAAGGAUCCAGGGAAAGAGAGAAAGAAAAACAAGGGGAUGUGGAUGGGACAGAGAAGGAAGAGAGGAGAGGACUCUGGAGAGUCCCAGGGGUUGGGAGGCUAGCGAAAGUGUUCUCAAAAGGGGAAGUAGAGAGGAAAAAGGAGAAAGGAGAGCUAGAGGAAUUAGACAAGUGUGACAGUAAAGGGAAAUUCUUUAAAAAAGAUUGUUCAGACAAAGGAGAAAGUGAAGUACAAGAGAGCAACAGCAGCGUAGUAGUGGAAGGAAAGGACGGAUGGUUCACCGUGAAACCUCCGGUUUUGGGCCUUAGGUUGCUCAACGUUUUCUCCAGAGACACCAGAAAGAAAGAAGGGAGGAUGAUGAGUGAUGAAAAAGAGAGAAUGGAAGAGCAGGAGACCCCAUCUAACUGGAGAUCCUGCAAAACACGCAAAGCCAGGAGGGUAACAAUCGGUAGGGGAGAGAGAGAAAAGAACCGGGGUGAGAGGGCGGUGGAGACAGAGGAGGAGGAGGAGGAGAGAAGUAGAGGGGGAGGAACAGAGCAAUAGAUGGAGGGCGGUGGAGAUGGAGGAGGAGGAGGAGGAGAGAAGUAGAGGGGGAGGAACAGAGCAAUAGAUGGAGGGCGGUGACCAAGGCUCUCUCGCCAAGCCUAAUGGAAGUGAAGUCAGAUAGAGGAUGGAGGGAGUAGUGCGAGGAGGGAGGGAAAGCAGCGUUUCAUUGCCCUCUCCUUGGAAAACAUAGAUGACUUCUAAACAGAAAGAAAUUCCCUCUCUUGAGUAUUGUGGGAAGGAUGAAGAGAAUAGCAGAAAAGGUUUGGUUACAAUCAAUCCCUAAUCAGUUGCUGUUUUCCAAAUCAAACCCCUAUGUCUUACUGGUCAAUUUGGAAUUAGGAAAAUAUCUUCAUUUCCAAAAGACAUGAUUGAGAGAUGCAGAAUGUAGCACAUUAACAUUGACUUGCACUAGCUGUAAUGGAAACAUGUGUGGACCGAGGUGAAUUGGUAUGGAAAUAUGUAACUUAGGAUAUUGUUUACUUGGGUAUCAAUUCACAUUGGCAGUCACAGCCUAGAAUGUAAACUUCCACGUUAAUUUCAAUGUUGAUCACUUCUUGCGUGGAAUUCUUUGCGUUUCUGUGUGUGUGGUGAAUUGAGUUUUCUUCACUGUGGUGGUUGGUUGGACUGGUUUUCAUCGCUAUGGUGGUUGGUUGGACUGGUUUUCCUCGCUAUGGUGGUUGGUUGGACUAGUUUUUAUGGUGCAGGGUGGCACUACUGGUGGAAGGUAGUUGUAGGAUGUUCUGACAUCUUUGGUUGUGGCUGCCAAGGUUGUUUGAUCUUGUUGUCUGGCCUCUCCUUGGUGCCUCACUGAGCUCUGGCCUCUCCUUGGUGCCUCACUGAGCCCUGGCCUCUCCUUGGUGCCUCACUGGGCUCUGGCCUCUACUCAGUAUGGCUGUGAAAGGUCAAAAGGUCCAGCUGGCCUCACCUUCUGAUGUACAGAAUGUGUGUGUGUUAGAGGUCAUUGUCAGAUAACAUUGUUUUUUAACCGAGUGUUUUCGGCUACAGUGUUUGUCAGCUGUGUUCAUCAAUUUCAAAUGUGACAUGGCAUAAUUUUCAAGAGUUGCUAUUGCUGUCUGCCCUGUCUGAAAAGUUAUUUAGUAUUUGAAAGUAGUUCUUUGUGUUAUUUAAGAGACAGGUUUAUAUUGUGACGCGUGGGGAAGAGAGAUGUGGGUAAUGGAGGAUCAACUGGACUGAGAGAGAGUUGUUCGUUCGACGUGUGCCUGGCUGUUCACCAUUUAUUAUUUAAGCAUCAACUUCUCUGUUUGAAUGUCAAAUAAACACAUUUGUGAA